UUGAGGGACAAUGCCGAAAAACGGACAUCCCCAUGGAAACCGAUUGUUGGAAGCGUAAAUCGAUAAAUCAAGGUUACUUGCGUGUUUCUCCCGCGACACUGCCGAGAAGUUUCGCGAUUUCGCAGUUCCGUGUUGGGCUUCGGGUGGAAAGGAUGCCUCGGAGUGGACCUUCUUCUUCCCUGCCUGGUGCUAGGUCUAGGUGGUGCGCAAAAGUGAAAGCGACCUGCUUUCUGGCGUAACUGAACUUUCUACCCGUAAAUCGAUUCCGCGACGGGGUGUUCCUGUGUAGUAAAUAGUGGUUGUGAUUUGUUGUUGAGUUUAUAGGAGAAAAAUAAAAUCGACCAAAAUGAACACGUCAAAAUGGCUUCCGAAGCAGCAUCACGAGGUGGUUAAACUGUUCGACCAAACGCGAACCGUCGAGCGGGAGUUUCGCAUUCUUGGGAAGAAAUUUGCGACCGAUAUUAACCUGGAUCUGCCGGAUUACUAUGAAUUUGAACGGUUGCUACAACAGAGUCGUCUGGGUUUCGAACAGUCGGCCCACAUCCAGAUGCGGCUGAUUCGGAUGACGGCCACGUCAGCGGACAAGAAUGUCGAACGGAGCUUCUUCAAAAUUCUGCUCGAUCGGAAGACGCACCUGAUUCGGCAGAAUCUUCGCAAGCGCCACUUUCAGCUGACGUUUAUCAUCAACAAGAUGAUCAAGCUGAUGCUUGGAUUGACGUACAGCUCCGAGAUGGUGAUCGACGGUUCCAUGCUGCUUUCAACGUUGCACAACGAGAGUGUCACGUUGGCACUAAAAACGGCUAAAGCACGCACGCAAGAUGGGGCGCAGAUUUGCAGCAAUACCUUUCCGGCCGUCAUGAUUGCUCCGAAGAAGAUCGAUAUCGCUACGGUCCUGCAGAUUGUUACGAAGCAACGUUCGGAGCAGUGCUGCGCAACGCUCAUCAACUGCCUGUUGGUUUCCUGUAAGGGAGCCACAACGACCGCCAUCGAGGACGAUGAGUCGGAAACCUCUAGUGUGGAAAUACUACGUACUCUCACUGCGAACUUCAACGAUGGAAUAAUAAAGACGCAGGAUGCUUACCAGGAGGACUUGAAUAACCGACGAAAAAGUAGCGUGAAUUUAAUCGCUAGUGGUGAGAUGCACCAAGGUGCCUCCGCCAAACCUCCAAAGAUAACUCCGAUUGUAAAACCUGAGUCCAGGGUACCUGACGAAUCCGAGCACAACGAUCCUGCCAUCAACUUUUUCGAUGAAAUGGCCGCCGAAGCUGUUGCGUACAAUACGAUCAACUAUCUGGUCAAUGAACCGGAAGGGAUUGAUCUGCUGGAGAAUUUGAUUGCCGAUGAGGAGAUUUUCAUCGCCAACAUUCUGAUGAAGGUGAUCAAGCUGUGCCCUUCAGCGUUCGAGAAGGAGCUGAACAAAACCGAACUGAUCAAGUGGGUAAAUCGAGGAACUCGUGGCCUUUGGACGCAGGUCGGUGGAACGCUCGAGCACGUGGUGCUCUGGUGGAGCAACUCCCCGCUCGCGUGUAGACCACCUGCUUGUGCCAAGUACCUCCGUGAUUGGCUGCUACUGAUAACUCCGGAUGAAGCUCCCGAGCCGAUAUUGUCCAUGCUGAAGGGUCUAGGGGAAACGCUGACCGUGCAUGUAUCCAGCACGAUCUGGGAUCGGCAGUUUCGUCUGGCGGUUGUGGCCUCCAGCCUUGCUGUGGAUUAUCCCUUCGAGGAGUCAGAGUUUUACAACGCUGGUAUGACGGUUGAGGGAACGGUUUGUGGAAAGGUGUGGAGUGAAUUGCUGUAUCAACUAGUUGUGUUGUCCAAUACCUGUGAUAUUGGAACCAUACCGAAUGAGCUACCGUUGGUAGAACAAAUACCGGUGCUUCACCGGCUUGAUCACUCGAUCCAUUCGAUGCGUAUAUGGGCUGCGAAUAAGGCGCGAUCGCUUUGCACCGACUGGAAUAUGAUGAUGUUCUUCAAGGUAGUUCACAACGAUAUCCGACUUUGCUUGGAACAGUUACAGUAUCUUCGUGUUCCCGAGCUGGUCUCUCCCGAUGCGCUAGAGGUUCAGGUACAGGUGUGCGUUGCAUUGCGCGCGAAAUUAGUUUCGGAAAUUAAGGAAAAUAUUCGCAAACUCAAACUUGCAAGUGCGGAGUGCAUCGACGUUCUGGCGGCAGUUUGUCGCACUACCAGCUUGGCAUCACUAACUCUGUGUUUCCCACAUUACCGCCAUUGGCAGACGGAAAUUCUGCAGGAUACUGCCAACGAGUACGUGGCGUACUUUUUUAAUCAAGUGUACUUUCCGGUCAUCGAGGCUACCAGUGAUCUGGAGAUUUUGAAGUUGACACUCAAGAUCAUCUGCGAAGCUUGGUUGGAUCAUAUUUAUAUGAAAAAGACGCGCUUCAGUAGCAGUGGGGCGUUGAACUUGCUCAAGGAUUUCGAUGGCGUAGCGGAGUGGAUUAUGAAAUGCAAGGCCUUGGAUAAACAGCUCAAGGAAGUUUUGUCAACGCACGAAGUGCUGCGAAUGUGCGAAGGAGUCGGCAAGUUGUUGUUACGAAAACCGGACGAAACUAUAUCGAUUCUUCCUAGCGCAGCAGACGUUCGAAAGGCCGAAGAAGCUGGAGGUGAUGAAAAGGCACCACUGCCACCGGAGAUGUUCGUACCCAACCAGAAACGCUGGUUAGAGUUACGUGCCAGGGAUAGGAAAACGAUGGGCAUCAACUGUGCCUGUUUGUGCGCUGGCACGGAUGUUUAUUGAGUUUAUAAAAAUAAAAUUUUAGUCUUGUUGUAGCAUAUAAAUUUUUCAUGAAGUAGUAGUCUUUUCCCCUUACAAAAAAAAUUGAA